UCCCCUGCUAUUCACGUCAUUCGCUUUAUUUUAUUUUCUUUUUCUCUUUCACUCGCACAUAAAAAGGGAUCCCAAUGCUUCAUCAUCAUAUUAGAGCAACGUUCACCAAACCAACUGCCAUUUCUUCAUCUCAAAGCCUCCAACAGCAAAAUAAUAUUUCAGUUUGAUAGAGGAAGAAAGUAUGGAUUCGGAUAGAAAAAGGGUGUCAACGAGUUCAUCAAAAAAUGGGGUGGUGAUGGGUUCUGUUUGGGAUAGCAGAAUGAAAGGUAGCUUCAAAGUCUUCAAUGGUGAUGACAAGAAGCAAGAAAUUGAAAAACCCACAGAGAAAAUCAACCCAACUGAGACUACUGGUGAGAUUGUUAAAACGGAGAAGGUGGCUUUGAGAUCCAAACAGAGCUCUAAUGGUGUCGGUGGCGGUGGAAAGAGGAAAACAUGGAAAUCUGAUUGUAAUUCUGAAGGAACUGAGAAAAUUCCAGUUCAGAUCCCCAAGGCUAGAUCUGAAAACAAGAAAAUAUUGGGUGAAUUGAGUGUUUCGGUGGAUGGAAAUGGAAUCAAGAAAAGCCCAGUUCAGAUGAAGAAGGGAAGACUGGAAUGGAGUAAGGAACAGAGUGCUUCCAUUGAUGGAAUUGAGAGAAGCCCAAAUCAUAGAAGCAUAACGACUCGAUCUAUAUCAAGAAAAGGGAGUACGAGUAGCGAUUUAAGUAAUGAAGUUGAGAAAGUGAAACCAUUGUUAAGAAAAGGAAACAGAAUCAGAGAUGAAUCCAACAAUGGAGUUGAAGAAAUUAAAGGGGAAAGCAGAGAUGAUAAUGAGAUAACGAAAAAUAGAUCUGAGUCUAGUCAAAGCUUAGACGAAUUAGAUGUUGUUUGUGAGGAGAAAUUAAUGACAGAUGAUUCGGGUAAAGUCAAAUAUCCUCCGAUCUUAGACGCUCAAGAUUACGAAGAAGAUGAAGAAGCAAUAAUGGAAGAAAAAGAAGAAAUUAAUGAAGAAAGGGCCAUUGUUGUUGUUAAAGAAAUGGAACCCAUUUCCACAAUCAAUAAGAACAAAUCCCCAGAUGUUGUAAUUGAAGAAAAGAAAAUUCAUUACAGAAAUGAAAAAUCAAAACCCAUUUCAAGAACUAUUAGAAAACAACCUCCUCCUUCUGUUGUAAAUCAUCCAAGAAUCAUCUCAAAACAAAAUGAAUUCCCAUCACAAAGAGUGCCCAAAUCCCACAGCAGAUUGCAAACUUUCAUUGAUUUAAUCAUGUGGAACGACGUAUCAAAAUCAGCAUUAAUUUUUGGUUUCGGGACAUUUUCAAUUCUUUCUUCAUCAUACACCAAAGACCUCAAUAUCAGCUUGAUUUCUGUAAUUUCUUAUCUGGGUCUCAUCUAUCUUGCUGCAAUCUUCAUCUUCAGAUCAUUUAUUUUGAGGGGUGUUGUAGAAGCAGAUAAAAAUACAGAUGAGGAAGAAUGUGUCGUUGGUGAAGAAGAAGCAAUUUGGGCAUUAAAAUUAUUCCUGCCUUAUAUCAAUGAAUUUCUGUUGAAAGUCAAAGCUUUGUUUUCAGGUGAUCCUUCUACUACAAUGAAGAUGGCAGUGCUGCUAUUUGUUUUGGCAAGAUGUGGGAGCUCCAUAACCAUUUGGAAAAUGGCCAAAUUGGCUUUUUUUGGGGUUUUCACUGUGCCUAAGAUCUGCUCCUCGUAUUCUUCUCAAUUAACUGCAUUUGGUACAUUUUGGGUGAGGCGCUUCAAGGAUGCUUGGGAAACAUGCUCUCAAAAGAAAGCGGUUGCUUUUGGUGUUUUCACCCUCAUUUGGAAUAUCUCCUCGAUUGUUGCUCGUAUUUGGGCAAUGUUCAUGUUGUUGGUGGCAUUCAAAUACUAUCAACAAUCGAUGAUGAAAGAUGAAGUUAUUGAGGAAGAAGAACCAAUAACAAGAGGAAAUCAGAGUUCUUGGCAAGAACAGAGACACGUGUCAGUUGGAAGCUCAAAACUAAGGAAAAGUUCUUGAUCUUAUAGUGUGUGAAAGAGGGAGAUUGGUAAAGAAAGGAGUUGUAUGUAAAAUAAAGAAAUAGAAAAUGGUGUUGAAAUGUUUUGGUGAGAAUUUAAUAUAGAGGAAUAAAAGAAGGAUGAAAUUCAUUA